ACUCUGAAUGCACGCGCGAUUCUAUUUGAAUAUUUGACUGAAACAUUAUUUAAAUUAAUUAAAUAUAACAAAUAUGGAGGUAAUGGGUAGCGACAAAUCUUUAAAGAAAUGUACAUAUGAAGAUGCUUUAGAUAUUAGCGGUUUCGGCAAGUACACGUAUGGUAUGUUGUCGGUGUGCUGUCUCCUUAUCCUCGAGAUGUCCAUCGACAUCUUCGGCUUCUCCGUGCUGCUGCCGAGCGUGACGUGCGAUAUGAACCUGACGACGAACCAGCAGGGACUGCUGUCCGCUGUACCAUUGGUAGGUAUCAUGGUGUCGUCAUACGCCUGGGGCCUGUGCGCCGACACGCUCGGACGACGGAAGACCAUGAUCGUAGCCAUGCCGAUCGGAUUGCUCUUCAACUUGGCGACCAGCAUCGCGCCCAACUUUACUAGUCUCUGUUUAUUGAAGCUGCUGUCUGCUGGAUUUUCAUCGUCAGCUAACGCAGCUGCAUUUGUAUUGCUCGGGGAGACGGUGCCGCGCCAGUACCGCAGUCGCUUCAUGUUCCUUAUGGCCAGUGCCACCAUGGUCGGACAACUUUUCAUCUCUCUGCCAGCACUAGCAACCUUCUCUCUAAAAUUCCACAUCUACGUGCCCUGGUUGGGCAUGGAAUACCGUCCUUGGAGACUACUCAUGCAGAUUCUAUGUAUUCCUGGGCUUUUAGGAAUUAUUGGAAUAUUACUUCUAGAAGAAAGCCCAAAGUUCCUUCUUAGCAAAGGCCUAGAGGACAAAGCUUUGGACGUUUUGAAGAAAAUGUAUCACUCCAAUACUGGACUGGAUUAUGACAAUUACCCAGUACGAACACUUCACCUCGAGAAGUCUGACCUGAAGACCAGCUCGAGCUCGUCCGACUCCAUCCUCCGCCACAUGUGGAACCAGACGGCGCCGCUAUUCAAGCCGCCACUCUUGAAGAACUCCCUCAUGCUGUACUUCAUCCUGCUUUGCGCUUAUAUGACGUCGACGGGGUUUACAAUGUGGGUGCCAACGAUGAGCAACGCGUACUUCAACGGCGAGGACACGACGGGAAAGACGUUCUGUGAAGUGCUGACCGCUUCCAUCCGAGUUACAUCCUCAAAAUACGCUAAUUCUACAUCAAAAAUAACCCGAGAUUGUGACGAUGUCAUCCGACCCCUAACUUUAUAUGCCGUGAUCAUCUACUCCGGCCUCUGCGGAACUCUGAACCUCCUGCUCACGUUCAUCGUCGGGCCCUUAGGAAAGAAGAAGACAACACUACUGGUGUUCAUAGUCUGCAUAACAGCCGGAAUAGUUCUCAUGUUCGUCAGAGUACCGAUGCUGAGUAUGCUGAUGUUCUACAUCUUCCCCUACGUGGCUCUGAUCUUGGGAAACAUCAACAGCUAUUUGGUCGAACUGAAUCCGACAUAUUUGAGAGGAAUGGCGACCUGCCUGUCGGUGAUGGUAGCGAGAGGCUUCGGAUUCGCGAGCGUGCAGCUGAUCGGAGCAUUGCUGAUCAGCAACUGCGAGCCGAUGAUGGCCGGCUACAUCGUGCUAGUCAUACUGGGUUUGAUAACGGCGUGUUUCUUACCACCUGACUCCGCAGUCUCCGCGCUCGCCAAGUGAAAACAAUGACAUCAGAUCACAACCUCAACGGAAAACACAGACGUCAUUUGUUAUUUUUAAUUAAAUUAAAUAAAAUGUUAUGUCAU